UACCCAGUGUGCAGUGCGACGCUGAAACAGGUGACUUAGUAGCCGCGCGCCUACAUCACACGAAGAAGGAAGUGUUGGUUUUGACGAAAGCGGUGAUAACUCCGUAAUAACACCUGAAUUAACCGCAAAAUCGAGCAAUGGCGGUCGAAAAAAGUGCAGUGAACGUUGUUAUUGUGUUGGUUUUAACUGUAUUGUCGUACAGCGAGGCGACGGUUUGUCCUCAGAGGCCGGCAGGAGUUGCUGAUCCAACUGAUGUUAAUGGAAGAAUCAAGAAAUUCGAGCGUCAAAAGGCUUAUUUUGUUGAGGAUCCAGACAAAAACUAUCUCUAUACAGUGACAAUUUGCAAAGAUGAAGAAGAGCAAAAAGUGGCUGUGAGUCAAACUUUGACAAAGGACAAAGAGAAUAAAGAAAUCACUCUUGGGAAUUAUGAGAACGCACAAAUCCGGGGAGGAGUUGACUGGUUCCUUAUAUCCUACCCAAAUGGCAAAAAAUACAAUAGUCAUUGUGGUGGCACCCAAAGACGGUCUGAUGUAAUGGUCACCUGCGAUCCAACUGCAGAUCGUGGUACUUUGAAAAUAAUUGAGGAGUAUAUCUACAAUAGCUCUAGCCCAAAUCAAGGAGAUCAGUGUUACUAUCUCUUUGAAAUCAACAACAAGGCUGCUUGUACUGUAAAGCCAUCAUCCCUGAGUCCAGGGUCUAUUAUACUCAUUGUAUUUGUCAUUGUUGCUUGUGUCUACCUCUUCCUGGGUUUUCUAUAUCAGCGUUUUAUAGUGGGUGCUAAAGGAAUGGAGCAGAUACCCAACUACAACCUGUGGAAGAAUUUUGGAAGUUUACAAGCAGAUGGCUGUAAUUUCCUAUGUCGUUGUGCAGAUGCAAAGCCACCGCCAAGGUACAAACCAAUGGAUGAUGCUAUUGGUGAUGAUAGUGAAGUUGUCAUCCCCAGGGAUCGAGAUGACGAUCACAUGCUGCCGAUGUAGUUGAAUUGUUUCUAAGGGGUUUAUUUCAUAAUGCCUUGAGAGUUUCUAGAAUAUUACAAUAUACAUAAAAGGGUUGUACCUAGCGAAGGAAAAGGUGCAGCCCCCCCCCCCCCUCUUUUAAAAUCCUAGGUUCCCUGCAUUGGUAUUUUAACAUGUAAACUCUGUAAACUCCGUUGAUGGUGAUUUUGGAGAGUAUUAUGAAACAUAGGAUGGCACACGCUGCUUUAACUGAAACUAAUCUGAUGAUCAAUAGAGUAACAUGCAAAAUGUACACACAUUGUAGCCUUCUCUGGAGGUAACUCAAAGAGAGCUCAAACAGCGACACAGGAAAAAAAACUGAUUUGGGCUUCCAAAGGGAAACCAGAAGCGCUGCGAGGGAGUAGGGGGAGGGAAAAGAGAAGAAAAGAGAUAUCUCUUCUCCCCUCCUAUCCCUUCUCUUACCCUCAGUCCCUUACGACCCUUUCAUAAGCACAUCACUGGAAGUCCCAAAUAUGUUGGUCAAUUUUUUUCUGUCUCUCUUUGAUUUGCCUUCGGAGGAGGCUAAAUGUAAACUAUUCUCGUCCAUAAUUGCUUAUGAAUUUAAAAAUUUUGAUAUUUAGAUUUAAAAAAAAACGUUCUUUUCAGAAUAAAAAAAAUGAUAUUUGCUAGCUAAGGAGCCAGACCGUGUCAUUGUAAAGGUUAGCCCUACUUUUUAGAAUAGAAGCAAAUAAAGAUUUUGUUUUCAA